GUUCUAUUCAUCCUCGCUCCUGGCGCAUGUUUGUUUUCAAGUCUGUCUGAUUGUUGAACACAGAUUAGUCUCAGACAAGAAUACUUAGUUCGACAGUCAAAUUGCUAUUUACAAAGUUGAAAUCUUCUGGAUUCUCCCAAAGAUAUUGUUAUACUGGUUAUCAUGGAUCCGUGCUUGUUAGGUGGAUUUGUUGACUCGCUAAGAAAAGUGGGGAGACUGUGGGGAAGGCGAUCACAUGGUUGUUUGCCACUCUCUGAUCUCCAAUUCCACGCCUCCAACAUAUACGCUAAGCUCUCUCUGCUGACGGCUACAAAAAUCUUAAUGUUUCAUAAAAUACGACUUUUCAUGUGUUUCUGGUUUCUUGCAUGCUCUUAUCCUACUCCACUCUUAGCGCCGGACAAUCAGGGUUCAAACGAGCCGAGGCUUUAUUUUAGCGAAACUUAGCAUGCUACUAUUAUCCAAUACAGCGUCACUGCGUCACUGCGAGAUAUAAUCUACAAAAACAAGAUGACCACGAACGUUCCCGAGCCUAGGCACCAGCCAGCGCAAAAUUACAAAUACGGUUAGUCUAUGAUGAGUCAUGAUCACUACGAACCUGAUAAUGCAACAUGGCGACCAAUGAGGUGAAGAUGUCUUCCCGUCCAAGCACCCAACUGAAGACUCCCAAGGGCACUCGUGACUGGACUAGCUCAGAUCUGAUUCUGCGUGACCAUGUAUUUCAGACAGCCAGCGAAGUCUUCAAACGCCACGGUGGCACCCCCUUAGAUACGCCCGUCUUCGAGCUUAAAGCAAUUCUCGCGGAAAAGUACGGCGAGGAUGCGCGCCUCAUGUACGAUCUGGCUGACCAAGGUGGUGAAAUCUGCUCUCUGCGAUUCGACCUAACGGUCCCAUUUGCUCGAUGGCUGGCUAUGAACAACGUGUCGCAGAUCAAGCGCUACCAGAUCGCCAAAGUCUACCGGCGAGACCAGCCAGCGAUAGCCCGAGGCAGAUUGCGCGAGUUCUACCAAUGCGAUUUCGACAUUGCGGGACUCUACGACCCUAUGAUCGCUGACGCCGAAGUCCUACGCGUCGUUGUUGAGGUUUUUGAGGCGCUUCAUCUAGACAUAACUAUAAAGGUCAACCACAGACGGAUUCUGGACGGCUUGUUUGCAGUUGCAGGAGUUCCGGACGAAAAGAUACGCUCCAUCAGCUCCUCAGUUGACAAAUUAGACAAGAUACCAUGGGCCGACGUCAAGAAAGAGAUGGUUGAUGAGAAAAGCAUAUCGGAUGAAAUCGCGGACAAGAUCGGGGAAUACGUGACACACAGCGGUGAUAUACGCGAGAUGUUACAAUUUCUGAAGUCGGACGCGAAACUGAGCGCAAAUGAGAAUGUGAAGGCUGGCAUCGAUGACAUGAGUCUUCUUAUCACCUAUCUGGAGGCAUUUGGCGUUGUCAGUGAUGUCUCUUUUGACCUUUCGCUCGCUCGCGGGCUAGACUACUACACAGGUCUGAUAUUCGAGGUCAUCAACAAACCACAAAAAAGCAAUGGAGGCGGUGUUCCUGACAGGAGCGACAGCCAGUCCAUCCAGGUUGGUAGCAUUGCCGCAGGCGGGCGCUACGACACCCUGGUUGGUAUGUACGCGAAGAACCCUAUCCCGUGUGUCGGCAUAUCGUUUGGAGUGGAUCGAAUCUUCACAGUCCUGAACUCACAGCCCAAGGAAAACCUUACCCACAAGGUCGAUGUUUAUGUCAUGGCGUUUGGCAGCAAGAAUUCUGAUGGACUGCUGCUUGAACGCAUGUCGGUGGCUCGCCAACUCUGGAACGCUGGCAUAUCAGCUGAAUUUGCUGCAAAGGUGAAACCCAGAUUUGACAAGCAGGUCACAGCGGCGAAGGAUCUACGCCUUGCUGUAAUUCUCGGCGAGGACGAACUAGCAGCUGGUCAAGUCCGGUUGAAGGCGUUGAAAGGAAGCGACGAUGAUACAGCCUCGAAGGACCGCGGGCAGCUUGUGUCCAGAGGGGAUUUAGUUGAAGAAGUCAAGAAGUUACUCGCAUAAAAAUACGAUUGUCAUUGGCUUCCAGCACGGAGACUCUGUGGUGAUAUCUACUCAGUUACCUGAUGAUAUACUUCGUGUUGUCCUGGAUAAUAACCCCAUGAUAGCUCUCUGCUUGCCACCCACUCACCAAUAUCGAUGAAUCGGGCAACUCAAUGGUAAUUCAACGAGCCAAUACAAUUCACAGUCUAUUCUCUGACAAUGCAAUAAUGGCCGAAUUGUGUUUCAACCACAAUACUGAGCCACUACGGUAAGAAUGGCCUGGAGCUGGCGAGAUAGGCUGUUAUCAAGGGUGAAGCAAUAAUUGUACAUUCGGUUGAUCAUCGUGAAUCUCAACAAUCAAGCCAAUAAUUAUAGCGUAAGAUUAUCAAGAUUGAGGGUUACAUGCGUUUAGUUUACUUCCAAGAAGAAGGGUAGAAUAGGUGGGUAUUGACCCACGAACAAUGUUCUUUGAUCCUUUUUGUACAGUUAUUAGUAAUGAAGCAAUCGCGUAG